AUGAAGAACCGAUUCUCGACUUUGGAUGUAUUUGCUGUGGUGCAUGACUUGAAGGAAUUAACUGGUCAACGUGUCGUCAAUGUGUAUGAUGUGGACCCUAAAACGUAUCUUAUACGGAUUCAAAAAUCAGAUGAGAAAUGCUUCAUAAUGUUGGAAUCUGGAUGCAGGAUUCAUAAAACUACAUUUGAUUGGCCCAAAGUGCAGUUCCCUUCGUCUUUUACUAUGAAACUUCGGAAGCAUAUCAGGCAUAAACGGCUGGAAUGCGUUACACAGCUUGGUGUUGAUCGAAUUGUCGAUAUGCAGUUUGGUUUUGAUGAACAUGCAUACCAUGUGAUUGUUGAGUUAUAUGACAGAGGCAACGUGUUGUUAACGGACAAUAAUUACACUAUACUUAACGUGUUGCGGCCGAGGACUGACAAAGAAACGGAUACGCGCUUUUCUGUUCAACAACGAUAUCCGCUGGAAGCUGUACGACAAGAUAUCAGUUGUCCAACCAAAGAUGAACUGAUGGAAAGAUUCAGAAAGGCUAAAAAGGGUGAUUCAGUGAAACGGUUUCUCGCUCCCCUUACUCAGUAUGGUCCUACUUUAAUUGAGCAUUCAUUGAGAAUGGCUGGUGUUGCUCAAAAUGCUCAGAUUGGUGUAAACAUCAGCAUGGAGGAAAGUGGUGCUACAGAACUACUCAAAGUCCUUCAACUAGCUCAUCAGAUUUUCAAUUCUGUUAGACAUAAUGCAACGCAAGGAUUUCUAAUAUAUAAAGAGAAUUUGAGGAUGGAUGGCGUUAUCGUCGAAACAUAUCAGGAAUUUCAUCCAUUCAUGUUUGCACAAUUUACCGAAAUGCAAGCGAAACAUUUUGAUUCAUUCUCAGAGUGCGUCGAUGAAUUUUUCUCCAAGUUGGAGUUGCAAAAAGCCAGUGUAAAAGCACUAAAUGCAGAAAAAGAGGCAAUGAAGAAACUAAACAAUGUCAUAAAGGAUCAGCAGGAUAGAAUAGCAGCUUUAAAAGUGGCACAAGUGGAAAGAGAAGAAAUGGCCGAAUUAAUUGAGCUAAACAGUGAUUUGGUGGAUAAAGCUCUGCUGGUUAUUCGAUCAGCUAUCGCCAAUCAACUUAGUUGGGAAGCCAUUGAAGAAAUGCGGAUGAAUGCCUGUGAAGCUGGCAAUCCAAUCGCUGCUUCUAUUGUUGGAUUAAAUUUAAAUUCAAAUGAAAUGACACUACUGCUCAGGAAUCCGUAUUGUCUGGAAAUUGAUCCUAAAAAGGUGACUAUUGAUAUUGCUUUGUCAUCCUAUCAGAACGCUAGGAAGCUCCAUGCGGAAAAAAAAGCUGCAGAACAAAAACAGCAGAAAACUAUUUCCGCCUCAUCGAAGGCGUUGAAAUCAGCCAAGAUGAAAACAAAAGAGACGCUGGAAGUGGUUCAUACAAAAACUGAAGUUAUGAAAAAGCGACGCGUGAUGUGGUUUGAGAAAUUUUUUUGGUUUGUCAGCUCCGAAAAUUAUUUGGUGAUUGGUGGUCGCGAUGCACAACAAAAUGAACUACUGGUGAAGAGGUAUCUUCGGCCAGGUGAUAUUUAUAUGCACGCAGAUGCACGGGGUGCAUCAUCCAUUAUUAUACGUAAUAAACUAGGUGGUGGUGAAAUACCACCUCGAACUCUGAGUGAAGCUGCUACUAUGGCCAUUUGUUAUUCCUCCGCAUGGGAAGCAAAAGUAACGACGUCAGCGUGGUGGGUUCAUCAGCAUCAGGUUUCACGGACAGCACCAACAGGUGAAUAUCUAACACCAGGUAGUUUUAUGAUACGUGGUAAGAAGAAUUAUCUACCAACAUGCCAGUUGCAAAUGGGAUUUGGUAUAAUGUUUCAACUGGAUGAGCAGUCAUUGGAAAGGCACAUAGAAGAAAGGAAAACUGCUGUUACAGCAGCAGCAGAGGACGAUACUGUGAACCAAGAUGACGAUGACGAGAUUUCCUUAAAUGGAAGGGAAGAAGAAAGAAAUUCUGAUACGCAAAUUGAUGAUUUUCCUGAUGUUCAGGUUAGCCUGCAAGGUAUCAUCAGUAAAGGAAAAAGUGCAGAUGAAGGUGACAAUUACACCAUUAUUCAAGUUGGUCCGACGGUACAACGAAAACCUGCUAUCAAAACGACUAGUAAUAUUCAAGACAAUGACAGAACUCAAGAGGUAAAUGAAUUGAAAGAAAAUGGCAAAGUGCGUCCUAUGACUCGCCGGCAGAAACAUAAAGCGGAGAAAAUCAAAAAGAAAUAUGGUGAUCAGGAUGACGAAGAGCGCCAGUUAAGGUUGAUGUUGUUGGCGUCGAAGCCGAAGGAUACAAGAAAUUUUGAAAAAAAAACCAUAAAUGAAAAGCAAUUGGAGAAAGUGAAAAAGAAGAAUGUCAAAAAGAGCAAAACGUGGAAUCAGUUUGAACAUGAAGAAAAUGCAUCGAUGAUUGAAGAGAAAGCUGAACCUCCAACAAGACCUAAUGAAGAAGAAGAUGAUGAACUACUAGAAGCAGACAUGGCAAUAAUGGAUACCGAAGAAACGAAAAUAUUGAAUUCGUUGACGUGGCGACCAUUAGAUGGGGACGUUCUUCUGUUUGCUUUGGUAAUUGUGGCACCAUAUCAAACGAUGCACAAUUUCAAAUAUAAAGUAAAAUUGACUCCAGGAACUGGUAAACGAGGGAAAGCAGCUAAAAGUGCAAUAGCGUUGUUCCAGCGUGAUAAGUCAGCGAAUGCACAAGAAUUAAAUUUGCUAAAAGUGCUGGCAACCGAUGACCAAAUUUCACGGAAUAUCCCCGGAAAAAUGGAUACCGAAGUGAAAGAAGAGGGAAGUGGAUCACAAGUGCCACCGUCGAAACGUUUCAGACGUGACGACAAUGUUGAUCCGACUAAUCCGGAUCCGUCAAUUGUUGUUCACGUCCGGAAUUUAAGUCCAAAAGCGACUGAAGCUGAUUUAUUGGAAGCAUUAUCGCAUUUUGGUCCGAUAUCGUACGCUACUUGUAUGCCUGGGAAGCGGAUGGCAUUGGUGGAAUUUGAGGAAGUGGAAGGUGCACGUUCAUGCGUCGUAUAUGCGCAAACGAAUCAAAUUUAUGUUGCUGGACAAGCGGCUCUAUUCAAUUAUUCUACAUCUAAAAUGAUCCAACGAUUAGGGCUUGAAUCGGAAACACCGAAUCAUGUGCUUAUAUUGACCAUUUACAAUGCUCAGUAUCCUAUUAACGUAGAUGUCAUCCAUGAGAUAUGUGAAUCACACGGUUUUGUGAAGCGUAUUGCUAUGAUACGCCGUACGAUGUUACAAGCAUUGGUUGAAUUCGAAAGUGUGGAAAUUGCGAAGAAGGCAAAACAUGCAAUGAAUGGGGCUGAUAUAUACACUGGGUGUUGUACACUCAAAGUCGAAUUUGCUAAGCCUGAGCAUGUGAAAGUGACUCGAAAUGAUAUGGAUCAGUGGGAUUACACGAAAGCGCCACAAUCAGAUAAUCUACUGAUACUGAUGUGUUACACUGUUCAUCCGUCAUCAGUACCAUCACCAUCAUUAUUACCAGCAUCAUCAUCACCAUCUAUCACCAUCACUAUCAUCAUCAUCAUCAGUAUCAUCAGCAUCAGCAGCAACAUAAAAGGACGAAGAAACUACGAGAACUAUUGUCAGGGCUUAUCACCGAGCUUCUUAAUUAUUGGCCUUAAACGUGAACGCAUCCCUUUUUCUGCAGGUUUCUACCGCAAAAGAGCUUGCGGUGUGGAAGAAAUUAUGCAGCAGUGGUGCUGGCCUACAGGCUUAAAGUACACGGAGGAACCUCGAAAGACGUUGCUGAAUGAUGCAGGACCACGUGGAGGACCGCCUGGACCACGUGGACCUCCGAGUUAUGGAGGAUACGGUGGACGAGGUCGUGGUGGUCCACCUGGUGAUUAUGGCUAUCAUGAUGACCGCUAUGGUGGCGGCUACGGUAGAGGUCGUGGCAACUAUGAUGAAUACGAUGGGGGAUAUGGAAGAACUGAAGGAUAUGGAAGAGGAGAUGGUUACUCUCGUGGUGAUGGAUAUUAUGGUAGAGGAGGCGGACGAGGUGGAUUUGGUCGUGGUGAUGGUACCUAUAAUCGAGGAGGAUAUGCACGUGGAAGAGGAAGUGGAGCUGGUCUCUACGAAGAUGAACGUGAUUAUUACAAUGGUGAUGGUCCAGUGAUGAUGAUUUACGGCAUUGAUCAGGAUAAUUUCAACUGCGACAAAUUAUUUAAUCUCUUGUGUCUCUAUGGUAAUUGUAAUAAGAUCAAAUUUAUGAAAUCAAAGACGGAUACCGCAAUGGCUCAGAUGGGUAGUGUACGCCAAGUCUACACAACAAUCGACAAUCUGCAUGGUACUAUGAUUUUCGGCAACAAACUUGCUCUUAGACCAUCAAAACAGCAGAUUUUGCACGAAAUACGCGAUCCAUUCAUAUUGCCGGAUGGAACACCUUCAUACAGAGAUUAUACCAAUAGCCGCAAUCAGCGUUAUACGACGCCCGAAUUGGCGGCACGAAACCGGAUUGUGAAACCAACUCAUGUAUUGCACUGGUACAAUGCUCCUGUGACGAUGACAGAAGAGAAGCUUAAAGACCUGUUUGUCGACAAAGGAGCUGUAACACCAGACAAAGUAGUCAUCUUUCCGCAACGUUCGGAGCGUAGUUCAGCUGGAAUCUGCGAGUUUUCUAACAUGGGACGCGCAACGGAAGCGCUCAUGUUAGCCAAUCAUACUCCAGUUGAAAGUCCUGUUGGCAAAGCGCCCUACAUCGUGAAAUUGGCAUUUGCUGGCGGUCGUGAUGGAAAGGAUUUCCGAAUGUAA